AUGCCGGACAAGUUUGCGGUAGCGCAACUACCAUCGCUGUUAUGGAGGAAAGUUUACGGCAUGAUGGAUCCCGGCGCAAAGUAUCGUUUUCGGGGCGUUAAUAAGGCUCUCUUGGGAAACGUAUCCCGACUGUGCAUAAUGUCUGGACCGGUUGCAGCCAUGCGGAUUCAGCGAACCACGAUCUGGACCACGAAUAUCGUCGUGAGCAAGGAUAUCGAAUUGAGCAUUAUCUACAAGUGGCAUCCUCAUCCGUCAAUACAUUUAAAAUGGCAAAACACGGGAACAAACGAAACCCGGAAAUUCAUUUACAAAAACGCGGACCUGAAGGGAUGGUUGAAACUACUAGAGAGACUGAGGCCUGCAUCGCUUAAUAUCACCGUUUCUGCAGGGUUUCAAAAGGUCGAAGAGAGAGAAGAAUUUUAUGACAUAUUGCCUGCGCUUCCGCAGUCUUCUUGGCGGACAAUUUACACCCGAUGCAGGACAAUCGAGGAGAAUAUUGCGGAAGCGAGGACGAUCCGUAGUCAUCUCAAUGAUGCACCUGAUACGUGGACUGGAUAUUGUUACGCCUACGACCGUCCAAAAGAACGCUAUCUGGAAUGGAUUGAACCUCUUGCCGACCUACCCUCGAUCGGACUCAUAGCGGUUAUCAAUCGACGUGGCCAGAUCGAUACGUUUUUCAAUAUUUUCGAAGCGAUCCUACAGCUCCUCAUUCAAAAGUGGGCGGAUGAUCGAGUAUUUUCUGCCAGGUUGCAAGACACAAUGGCGUCUCUGGAUCUACCGGAGGGAGCGGCUCUCAUAGAGAAUUUUUCACCGCCCCCGAAAAUGGAACGAAGACUGUUCGUUUUGGUGCAAGGAUGUAGAACGAGAUCCAAGGAAUAUUGGAAUUCGUGGCUGCGAAAGCAGCUUGGAGGCACAUUCGGCUCCGCGACGACCGUUUUCAACGGCCCAGAAUCCGAUGACGCAACAGAAAGUUAU